UUAUAUUUUGUGAUUGUUGUGUAAAAAUGUGCACGUGUGUAUUUAGUCUCAUAUUCACGUUUUAAAGUCAUGAUAUUUCGUUUCUUUUCCAUGUGGUAAGGAAUUUUUGGAUGCUGUUUUGUUCCUUUAUGGGCAUUUCUGUGAUUGGCUGAAAGCUUGAAAUGGGGCGGGGCUAUCGGUGGGUGAGGGCUGACUAUAAAAGGGCUGACUCUGUACAUCAUUAUAAUAUUUUGUAUAAUUUUUCUGGACUUGGUGCUGAAAGUGUGUUCUGUGUGUGUUCUGACCUGAAGAACCAUGACACUUGAAUAAAUAGAGAAGAAGAAGAAGAUCUACUGCGUCACCACUAAAGCUAUAGAUUCUGUGCUGAAGAUCUGAAGAACAUCUCAGACUUUCAGGAGUUUUAUUUUUCGAAGUGUGUGUGUGUGUGUGUGUGAGAUAUUCAGCAUCAUGUCUCAGAGCUGUCGCUUGCUGUGCGGUUUCUUUCUGAGCUGCUCGGGAUGGAUCUGUCUCAUCAUUGCCACCUCCACUAACGACUGGGUGAUCACCUGCAGCUUCGGCCUGCACACCUGCGUGAAGAUGGACGAGCUGGAGUCCAAAGGUUUAUGGGCCGAGUGUAUGAUUUCUACAGCGGCGUAUCACUGUGCGGCUCUCAACCAGAUCCUCACUUUACCUGCAUACAUCCAGACGUCUCGGGCGCUCAUGGUGUCUGCGUCACUCCUCGGCCUCCCGUCGGUGCUGCUGGCGCUCUUGGCCACGCCCUGCGUCAGACUGGGUGACGAGAGCGACGGAACCAAACAGAAACGCGCUCUGUUAGGGGGAAUCCUCACUCUGAUCAUGUCGGUCUGUGGUUUGGUGUCGACGGUGUGGUUCCCGAUCGGAGCACACCAUGAAGACGGCCUGCUGUCGUUUGGGUUCUCUCUGUACGCUGGAUGGUUGGGUUCUACCCUCUGUUUCCUCGGGGGUUCGGUUCUGACCUGCUGCUCGGGAGGCAACAAUUCUCCGGCUCAACGCCCUGAAAAGCGCUUCUACUACUCCAAACAGAGCGGAAUCACCGACUCGGUCCAGGCCACAAACAAUCACGCCAAGAGCGCUCACGUCUGAGAGCGGAGACCUGAACUGGAACGGACUUCAAACAGAGAGGAAUGGUUUAUUGCUCUCAUUUCUCAUUCUCUCUCUCUCUCUCUCUCUCUC